CCUCAAACAGUUGGGAGAAGGUACAGCCUGAGUGAUACUGGAAAUUAAAUGCUUCGUGGGAGUUCAAUGCACAGGCAAAGAGUGGCUGCAGCACAAGCCCAAGCAGAGGAAAGAAGAAGCCAAAGUGUAAAUAGUCCCGUUUCCUCUGACCCAGCACCAGUCGUUGCAAAGGCACCAAACAAACCAGUGAUAGACGGCUCCACGCUAAAGACAGUUGAAAGACAGAGACUAGCCAAGGAACGGCGAGAGGAAAGGGAGAAAGAGAUUGCUGCGAGAGAACUUUACAUGCUAGAAAAAGAAAAGAAAAUACGACUCCAGUAUGAGAAACAAAUGGAAGAACGCCAGAGGAAACUGCAAGAACAACGGCAGAAGGAGCAGCAGAAGAGAGUUGCAGUGGAAGAGAAACGGAGACAAAAACAGGAAGAAGAAAAGGAGCACUACGAAGCUGUGAUGCGACGCACCUUAGAACGGAGCCAGCGCUUGGAGCAAAGGCAAAAGAGAUGGUCAUGGGGAGGAGCUAUAACAACUGAAAAGGAAAGCUCGAAUGGUGUUCCUGAACAUUCCUUAACUCCACCUUUAAAUUUGUCUGACUGCCCCCCUCCUUCCUCAGACUCCCAGGCUUCCACUGAAGAUGGUUCUGCUGUAGAUAAACGUUCUACAUCCACCACCAACCUCACGAAACAGGGACAGCCAGACAUAAGCAGGCGUCUGUCUUCAUCUUCAACAGCACUUCUAAACUCUCCUGACAAAAGUGCGUCUUUGAAGAAAAGAAGUGCUUCAUUAAACAGAUUGGGUAGUAAAACCUCUCAGCCAGAACAGAGUGUGUCCCAGGUGGAGCAAGCAGGCACAGCAGAUAAGAGGAGAAGCUCUUCGUUGAAUAGAUUGGCUAGCAACUCUCGUCCUUCAUCUCAAACAGACAAGAAAGAAGAUCUGCAAGUUCGGCGUUCCCAGAACAGUCCCCCGGAGAGUAACAUAAUCAGCCGUCUGCUAACCCCCACACAGUCCUCUUUAGCUAGGAGCAAGAGUGCUGCUGCUAUAUCAGAAGCUGGACAAAGUUCUGCAGCUUCAGCUAGACCCAUCAACUCCCCCGUCAACCCCCCAAACAAGCCUCUGCGUAGCCGCAGCACUGACCGACAGAACCCAGUGCCUGAAGCCUCUGCCAAAGACACUACGUCAGUCGAAGCCUCUCAGAAACCAGUCAAGGAAAAACGUCCUUCAUCUCCUGCUUCGUCAAACCGUAAACGCUCCCCCUCACCGAUUUUAGCAAAGAGACCCCCAUCGCCGUCGGGCUCANGGGCUCGGAGACCCCCAUCACCGUCGGGCUCAGGGGCUCGGAGACCCCCAUCACCCUCAAGCUCGGUGACCAAGAGAUCAACAUCACCUUCAACAAUCAAGUAA